UUACAGCGGUUCCUGCGCGUCUCCCGCUCCUUCCCGUCACAUUUCCGCAGGCAGUACUCGCGGUACUGCCAACGAGGACUACCAAGAAUUAUCGCGAGUGAGUUGGACGUGCAUUCUACAUUUUCUCAAGGUAGAAUCGCUGCAUAAAGCGCUACAAAACUGGAGAGGUCUCGAAACUCCGAUGAUUCUCGAGGAUUUUGUUUACCCAAGGAUCACUCCCCUCUAAUUUAAAUAACCAUUCGCAAGAGCGUGUCCCACAGUUUUCACAGUUGAGUAAUUGAAGGACAGUCGUGAGCCGCUCCAAAAACGUCCCGAGGUGCCCUGAGGAAUGGAAAACUGAUGAAAAUAAAGUUGAAUAACCAUUCGGGGAACAGAGGAAGCGACUUGAACUCGAUUGAAUAGGAAACGGGGUUUCCUGUGUCAAGAAGACAAUAUGAUGCACUUUUACAAGGACAAAAUUCUCUCCCCGGGACAGUUGAAGAGACUGUCUGAGCACAAGUACAGCUGCACGAAUGCUAGUCUGCUGGAUGCGUAUCUGCAGCCCUGGUGGGAAUGGCUUGUCAGCAAAGUUCCACUCUGGCUAGCACCGAAUCUCAUCACUGUCGUUGGACUUAUUAUUAACAUUGCGACGACACUCAUUCUUGUUUAUUACAGUCCUGAUGCCAAAGCCGAGGCACCGAGAUGGGCAUGUUUCCUCUGCGCUCUAGGAUUAUUUAUUUAUCAAAGCCUGGAUUCUAUAGAUGGAAAACAGGCGAGGAGAACAGGGACAUCGUCACCUCUUGGGGAGUUAUUCGACCAUGGCUGUGAUUCUGUCUCCACUGUUUUCGUCGCAUUAUCAGCCUGCAUCGCAGUACAGCUAGGCUACUACCCCACAUGGAUGUUUUUCCAAUGUUUCUGCGCUAUGACGUUGUUCUAUUGUGCCCAUUGGCAGUCGUACGUGUCAGGCUCCUUGAAAUUCGGAAAAAUCGACGUGACAGAGGCUCAAUUCACAAUAAUGGGAAUCCACCUGAUAUCAGCAAUCUUCGGGCCACAAAUAUGGAUGACAGAGAUCCUGAGAAUCGGUACAUUAUCGAACUUGGUAGCAGGGAUUUUUUAUGCAGGCUUCAUUUACGUGUUCCUUCAAUUCUGUAAAGUAUUUGCCUCUGGUGGAAUUGGAAAAAAUGGUUCCACAAUAGCAUUGCCUUAUAUUGGCACUGAGGUGAAGGUCUUUUCAUUGUGGGCUGCUGUGGGCAUUGCUAUAUUACUCGCGCAAAGCAGUAUAUCCGUCAUUCUUGCUGGUGGUGUCGGAAAAAAUGGUUCAACCGUCGCUGGAACUUCAGUAUUAUCGCCGAUUAUCCCCUUCAGUCUCGUAGUAGUUCCGGCCUACAUUAUUUAUAGGAAAAGUGCGGAGAAUGUUUAUGAAACUCAUCCCGCACUGUAUAUACUCGCUUUUGGAAUGGUUGCUGCUAAAGUUACCAAUCGAUUAGUUGUUGCUCACAUGACGAAGAAUGAGAUGGAGUACUUAGACACUGCGCUUAUCGGACCCUGUAUGCUGUUCCUUAAUCAAUACUUCAACUUUUUCAUUAAGGAAUAUUAUGUACUGUGGUUGUGUUUUAUUUGGGUCACGUUUGACUUUUUCCGAUACUGUUCGCAAGUGUGUUUAGAAAUAUGUGAUCACCUAAAAAUAAUGUUAUUUAGGAUUCCCCAUCCAUCAGAUAGUACAACAGCUGAAAAAAAUGGCACAUCGAGAACACAACGUCAGCGACCAUCGAAAAAACACCAUUGAUCGUCCAACUCUGUGAUUAUUUGAUUAAAAAACAAUGACAAAACAAUAUCGUGCUUCAGUAGUACGUCUCUUCAUCGAGUUGGCAUAUUUUCCCCUUUCGUUAUGGAAUAAAAAUCGUCUAGAAUUCAGUCUAGAGAUUUAUCCAAUUUGCAAUGGCUCGUAUCAUUUAAUGAUGAAAUUGCGAAGCGAAACAAACCAGUGUAAUUGUGAUUCACAUGAUCACGCUGUCAUAUAAAUAAAUAUGUAAUUUUAUAUUUGUAUUUUACAUAUGUAAUAAUCCGAUAAAUUAAUGGCAAAUUAAUUUUCA